AUGGUUCGUCUUGGUGUGGAUCUUUCCAAGUUGGAAUCGGUUCCUGGCGCCGCUAACAUGUUGGUCAAAUUAGACUUCCAUCAAUCCAUAGAACCGGUAAUAUGGAAAUUACACGGGCAUGGAUUUUCACUGGAGCAGAUAGCCCGGUUAUUUACAGUAUUCCCCAAAGUGCUACAGCUAAGUUCGGAAGAAAUCGACACUCGAAUUGGCUACUUCCUGCAGCAUAAUUUCGUUCAGGCCGAUGUUGUUCAGAUGUUUUUCAAGCACCCAACUAUUUUGGAAUUAUCUCCGGUGGACGUGGACAGACAAUUGGCCAGUAUUCAGACCGUAUUUCAGCUAUCUGCGGAUGAAUUACGAAAAUCAGUUGUAGCGGUGCCAAAGCUCAUCUUGCACCCCUUGGGGAAAACGAAGGAUAUUUAUGUGGUGCUUUCAAAAAUGAUGGGGUUUUCCAAUGAAGCGGUUCGUCAAAUGGUUUGUCAGAACGCCACAUUAUUAGUCACGGAGCGAGAUCGUUUGGCACAAAACUUCAUGUUUAUGCAUUCCCGCCUGAACUUGCCUCUGGAGCGUAUUCAACAAUGGUCAACAGUGUUAUCCAGCGCGCCCCACCUUCUCUCACAACGGGCCACUUUCCUGGUACGUCGAGGACUAUUUCAGCCGGAUCCAACCAAGCCCCUCUACACUCCUCUCAGUGAAGUCGUGAAUGGUGAUGAUGCGCAGUUUUGCGAGCGGUUCGGUUUGGUCGAUGAAGAUCAAUACAAUUGCCUAGCUGCCAUCCCACCCAGAGAAAGCACGAGUGCUGGGAUACUGUCGUGUUGUCCAAGCCUAGACAGGGGAAGUCGAGAGGCAGAGACCACGUUCGAACUACGGACCCUCCGGUCAAUAAAUUCGCGCUCUAACCACUGA